GAGGCUAAGCUUAGUCAUCUGUAGCUUGAAUCAUGGAGAGCCCAUUGAUCAGACUUAUAAUUAACCUCGUACUCACAUUUUCUAUAAGCUGUAAAAUGAAGGCAGACAUAAUACAUUUUCUGAUGGAUCAUUCAUUCUUGAGUUUCCAAUAUAAGAGUCCAGGAAAUGUUACAAGCAUUUUCAAAUCCGAAUUGAAACCUUGAACCACUAGAUACUGCUAUGCGCCUGCUGCAUCAAAGUCAAGUAUUCUCAGUGAUACAUAUGCUAAUCUUAUUUAGAUCCUCUUUUGGUUUGCUGGCACCACGAGUGAUUCCGGCAUGUCGGCAAAUCAAUUCGAGAAAUAUUCGGCAAAUGGCAGUCAUCCUCAGCAUUACAAAUUUCCAGGACCAAUCGCGCAAAUAUGAACACUGGAAGACGGAAAGUCAGAUAACCUCACCUGAGUUACGUUUCGUGACUUUAUUAUCCUCAGCGCCCGUAGCGCGCAGUAUGACCUCAGUUAUUAUUGGCCGGGGGCUAGUGGGGGGUAUAGGUGAUGUGAACGCACCAUACAUGCCGUUGCAGAAUUUCGGUCACAAAACGACAGUCUAUUGGCACAAUGAAGUAGCGGCAGCAUCCCAGGUGAUCGUAGUAGGACUGUCCUGCUCAGUCGCUCAGUCUAGCCUCUGUCUACGCUGGGCAGGUAAGGCGGAAGCUUAUGGAGAAACCGAGUUCCUAAUGACACUUCGCAUAGCACCAUGGCCAAAUGUGGCAUCUAGCCAAGUUCUAGGUGCGGUGACGAAGCGGUACGCACCGUACCGACUUUGUUAGGCUGAUGAUUCUUGACGCCACGAUGCGUUCGUUCCAUACAGAUAGGACGAAUCUUGCCGGAGGCUUUGCCGACACCCA